UUUCGUAUGUUGUCUACCCUUGCAACACAUAUUCAUAGUAUUUAGUGUCGUGUAUUGUUGCAAAGUAAUUGUCAUGGCUUCGGAACGUUAUAGUUUUUCGUUAACUACUUUCAGUCCAUCUGGGAAACUAGUGCAGAUAGAAUAUGCUCUAGCUGCUGUUGCUGCUGGAGCAGCAAGUGUCGGUAUUAAAGCCUCCAAUGGAGUCGUACUUGCGACAGAAAACAAACACAAGUCUAUAUUAUAUGAUGAACAUAGCGUUAAAAAGGUGGAAACGAUUACAAAGCAUAUUGGAAUGAUAUACAGUGGCAUGGGUCCAGACUACAGAUUGUUAGUAAAGCAAGCCCGUAAAAUGGCACAGCAGUAUCAACUUAUUUAUCAGGAACCAAUACCAACUGCACAGUUGGUACAAAGAGUUGCAAUGCUAAUGCAGGAAUACACGCAGUCAGGAGGAGUUAGACCCUUUGGUGUGUCUCUGCUAAUUUGUGGUUGGGACAAUGGCAAACCGUGUCUGUACCAAUGCGAUCCUUCUGGUGCAUAUUUUGCAUGGAAAGCUACAGCAAUGGGCAAAAAUUUUGUAAAUGGCAAGGUGUUCCUUGAAAAGCGAUACAGCGAAGAUUUAGAACUGGACGACGCUGUUCACACUGCUAUUUUAACUUUAAAAGAAGGAUUUGAGGGUCAAAUGACUGCAGAUAACAUAGAAGUCGGUAUUUGCAAUGCAAGUGGUUUCAGAAGAUUGGACCCUUCCAAUGUUAAGGACUACCUUGCCAAUAUUCCUUAAUUUCUACUUAUUUUUGUGAUCUUCAAACGCUUUAAGAAUUACGUAUUGCUGCACUGUCUCGUCGCACGAGAACAAGAAAGGACGACGCAUUUUCUAUAUUUUGUAAUUAUCACUACUAAAUUAAUAAAUAUAAUAUUUCUCUGUAUA